CUGUGGGCGAAGGCGGAAACGCUGCUGCACGUGGGUAGGCGGGUCCGAUCCAGUGAAUCAACCGCACAACAACUCGCUGCUCCCGGCCGCUGCCAUGUCUCAGGCUGAGUUUGACAAAGCUGCUGAAGAAGUUAAGCAACUGAAAUCUCAACCAACAGAUGAAGAAAUGCUGUACAUCUACAGUCACUUCAAACAAGCUACAGUUGGCGAUAUAAACACAGAACGCCCUGGUUUUCUUGACUUCAAAGGCAAAGCGAAGUGGGAUGCCUGGAAUGCAUUAAAAGGAAUGGCCAAAGAAGAGGCAAUGAAAGCUUACAUAGCAAAAGUGGAAGAACUGAAGGGCAAAUAUGGCAUCUAAGAAUUGCAUCCACUCCCCACUUGUGCACCUGAAUAGGCCUUAUUUCUUAAUACGUGGGAUAACGGAUUACUAGGGAUGACUGGAAUGGGUAGUGUACUGCAGUUUGAGUUCUGCAAUUCAGAUUAAACUUCUGUCUAAUUGUAAAUUACACCUAAUGAAUUGGGUAGCUUUACUCUGUGAAUCAUUAAAGUAAAUUUGUUACUUAUUUGUGGUGGCCACUUUAAUACAGGGAUUUGGCUACCAUUUGCUCAUCUCCAUCUGAUAACUGACAGCUAUUCUUUUGGCAAAUCUUUAUCACUAUGAUGCAACACUUCAAAAGUUUCUUGCACUUCCUGUUUGUCAUUGCAAAACUGAAACUGCUAGCUAUCUCAGUUUCCAGAGCUGUCCUGCCCACUAGAGGGCUCUAAUAACCUUUCGUAAUGCAAUAGUAACACUGGCGUGAUCAAAAUUAAACAGUAAUUGUGGUCACAAUUACUAUCUCUAGUGUAGAGGAGACACUUGAUGAGUAACUUGCAAUUACUAUAGGCUAGGAUACUUGGAAGUGUGUUACAAUAGUUCAUGAUAAACUGUCUAACCUUAAGACUAUCCGUUUAUUAAAGCUAAUGUUAAACAUU